AUGACUGAGUUUGUGCAUGAUUACUAUUGCCGUCGCUUGGGUUUCGUUGCUGGUUUGUCUAAUUGUGCGGGGAAGAUCUGGAUUUUUUGGGAUCACAAUUUUCGAGUCGAGUUGCUUAGGGAUGAGGUACAAUUAUUGCAUGUCAGAUGCAUAUCUGGUUUAUUUGGUGCUCCUUUUGUAUUUACUGCGGUCUAUGCUAGAUGCUCUCGUUCCGAGCGCCGUGUUUUGUGGAAUUCGUUCCGCGACAUUUUUGAGACGAUUGGUGACACUCCUUGGAUUUGUGGGGGUGACUUCAACUCAAUCUUACUUGAGUCAGAACGGAAUAGAUCGGUUUCGGAUAGAAGACUAGAUAUGGCUGAGUUUGGUGCUAUGGUUUCGGAUUGUGAACUUUCGGAUGCCGGGUUCUCUGGGGCUAGUUCUUGCUAUACUUGGGAGAGCCCUUCAGGUCUUUUGGAGCGUUUGGACAGGAUUCUAUAUAACUCUGCUUGGCUAGAUUUAUUGCCUAUUACGCAGGUUACCCACCUCUCACGGACCUGGUCGGAUCAUGCUCCUCUUUUGGUUUCAUCGGCUGCUUCUUCGUCUAGGCCUCCUGCUUCAUUCCGGUUUCAGCAUAUGUGGAUCCGCCACGCUACGUUUCGUCAGAUUGUGGAACAGGUUUGGGAUUUUCCGUGUGCUCAGACGGGGAUGCAUCGAUUACAUACGAAGUUGAGACGAUUGAAACAGAAGCUUCAGUGGUGGAAUUGGAAUGUUUUCGGGGACGUGUUCAAGAAUAAAGAGAGGGCCGAGGCAGCUGUUCUAGAGGCCGAGCACAUAUAUGACUUGGAUCGAUCCCCCGAGAAUCGUGCAAAUUUGAAAAAGGCCACUGCUGAACUUACUCUCAUGCUCAAUAUUGAGGAGGACUUUUGGAAGCAGAAGGCAGCUUGUAGAUGGGCGACUGAUGGAGAGAGAAACUCUAAGUUUUUCCACUCGUUAGUCAAGAAAAAGCGAUGUGUCAAUCGAAUCCACUCUAUCUCUCAUGGUUAUUUGGUUCUCACAUCAGCUCAGGAGAUCAAGGAUUCGGGCGUUGAUUUCUUUAGCAAGCUUCUUACCGAUGAUAUGCCUAGUUUGCUUCCGUGUGAUGUUUGUGAAGCGGUUUGGGAUUUCUUCGAGGGUGGAUCUAUGCCUGCGAGCUUCACCGCUACCACCUUGGUUCUUAUUCCAAAGGGGGACUUUCCGACGGCUUGGACAGAUUUCCGCCCGAUUAGCUUGUGCAACGUGACCAAUAAAAUUAUCACCAAGCUGGAUAUGGCAAAGGCUUAUGAUAGGGUUCAGUGGAGGUUCUUAUUUCGUGUACUCGAGCUGAUGGGUUUCUCGGCGAACUUGGUUGAUAUUAUUCGGCGAUGUGUUUCGUCGUGCCAGUUCUCUUUACUAAUCAACGAGGAGCUGACGGGGUAUUUCACUUCGUCUCGUGGUCUAAGGCAGGGAGAUCCGCUCUCGCCGACUCUUUUUGUACUUGCGGCUGAGUAUUUUUCGAGAGGUCUUGAUGCACUAUACAGCCGUUGCCCAAGCAUGUUUUAUUCUACAAGGGGAGGCAUUCCUAUAUCCCAUUUGGCCUAUGCGGAUGAUGUGAUGAUAUUUACCUCGUGCCAUAAUUUUGGACUGAAGAAGCUGCGGGAUUUUCUCGAUCAUUACUGUCGGACUUCGGGUCAGUUGAUUAGUGUGCACAAGAGCACUUUCACAGUUGAUAGGGCAUGUUCUGAUGGUCAUCUUCGCACUAUUUCUCGGAUUCUCAGUUAUCCGAGAAAGGAUCUUCCUAUCAUUUAUCUUGGAGCACCACUAUACAAAGGGAGGGACCGGGGCAGUUUGUUUCACACUUUGCUUGAUCGCAUGCAAGCCAGGAUUUCGGGAUGGGCUCGGACCGCUUUGGCUUUCGGGGGUCGUCUUGCCUUGAUCCGGAGUACGCUUUCGACUAUGGCUUUGCAUCUUGUUCAGGUUAUUCAACCUCCGCAGUACAUUAUUCAGCAGAUUGAGCAGUGCAUGGCCCGAUUUCUCUGGGGAUCUUAUGGUAAUCAGCGCCGGCCUCAUUGGGUUGCUUGGGAGACGAUUUGUCGGCCAGUUGGUGAGGGUGGCUUGGGGUUGAGGCGUUUGACGGAUGUGAUUGACGCCUUCACUUACAAGCUCUGGUUCCGAUUCCGUGCUCAGGAUUCUCUUUGGGCCCGUUUUCUCCGAAACAAGUAUUGUCGGAAUCAGUUCCCAGGUUCAUCCGUUGUGUCUUCACUCUAUAGCACGGUGUGGAAGCGCAUGUGCCGUGUCCGAGAGCGUGUUCAAGCUCAAAUAUUUUGGCGGAUUGGUCCAGGUCAUGUUUAUUUCUGGCACGACCACUGGUUUGGCGAUGGUCCCCUUUCGGGCAUUAUUGAUGGUGGUCGGCUAACGUCAGUUCGUGUGGAGUAUUAUUUGGUUAACGGUCAGUGGGAUCGAAACAAGCUAGCUGAGGAUAUUCCUUUUGAGUGGAUCGAUAGGAUUUGCUCGGUCCCAAUCUCUGGUGCUUCGUGUGAUUUGCCCAUUUGGAGAGCUUCUUCGGAUGGCAAGUUUUCCUUGACCUCGGCUUGGGCCUUGAUACGACAGCAGCAUACCCCUACCCCUCUUCUUCGUAUAUUUUGGGGAUCUUGUCUUACUCCUACAAUUUCUAUCUUUCUUUGGCGUCUCCUUCUUCAGCGUCUUCCAGUGGAUACCAAACUUCAGUCUCGAGGCACCUCUCUUGCCUCGAGGUGCUAUUGUUGUCCAGAUCCAUCUAUUCCUGUGUCGAGUCUUGUAUCUCAGUCUGUCGAGUCUCCUUCUGUUGAGUCGAUUGAUCAUAUCUUCGUGGAGAGCCCGACGGCUAAGAGGGUAUGGCAUCAUUUUUUCUAUCUUUUUGGCUAUACACCUGCACACACUACGCACAUACCCCAGAUUUUACUUUAUUGGCAGCACUUCACUUCACACACACUCACACACCACACACACAUCACGACCAUUGUGCCUUGCUUGAUCUUGUGGUACUUAUGGAUUGCAAGAAAUGACAGCAAGCACAAGGAUAUCACGGUUCGCGCUUCUUCCAUCAUUUACAGGGUCAUCCAGCACAUCAGGAUUCUUCACCAAACCAACUUACUUUCGGCGGACAGCUGGACUGGCAUUCCCCACGUGGCUGAGUCUCUUGGCCUAUAUUACCGAGUCAGAACACCAACUCUCACACCUCAUCGAGUUGUUUGGCUUCCACCGGAUCCGGGUUGGGUGAAGCUAAACACAGACGGAGCACGUAGAGCAUCCACCCAGAUUGCAGCUAUUGGCGGGAUUAUCAGAGGUUCGGACGCUGAGGCCAUAGUUGCAUUUCACGAGAGGAUCUCUGCCCCGAGCAGUAUUGCGGCCGAGCUUGCUGCCCUUGCAUCGGGGCUGCGAUUUGUUAUUCAGAGGCAAUUCACUAGAGUUUGGAUCGAGCUUGACGCAGAAGUCGUUGUUCGACUUCUUUCGCACACGGACCAAGGUCAUUGGAGUCUUCAGAGUUCUCUCACGGCGAUCCGGAACUCUCUUUCUACUUUGGAGUACAAGAUUACACAUAUCUACCGGGAGGGCAAUAAAGUAGCUGAUGCAUUAGCUAACUUGGGGUGUCAGACCGAGUUGGCUCGUACCUUCACAACAGCGGAACUUCCCCGACCUAUUCAGCAGAUGAUUCGGAUGGACCAGCUUGGAUAUCCAUCCUUUCGACGACAGUCUCGCACAUAG